CUGGAGCUAGAGGGCGCGCGACCUUUGGCUAAAACUAAGUUGAGUGUCUUCUUUGGUGUGGAAGAUGGCAAGAUCUCUCGCAAUAAAGUGUAUUUUCCUAGCGUUUUUAUUAUUGUUUUGCAGCACACAUUCAAUAUGUGCAAAGCCAAAUAUCAUCAUAAUGAUGAUGGAUGACAUGGGCUGGGGUGAUCUGGGUGUCCUUGGGCAGCCAGCUAAGGAGACCCCUAAUCUUGACCAGAUGGCAGCCGAAGGGGUGCUGAUGCCAGACUUCUACUCUGCCAAUCCGCUCUGCUCACCUGCACGGGCAGCUCUUUUGACUGGCAGACUGCCGAUCCGCAACGGCAUCUACACAACCAAUGAGCAUGCCCGCAAUGCCUACAUCCCCCAAUUUGUGGUUGGCGGCAUCCAAGACAAUGAAAUCCUCCUCCCUGAACUCCUGAAGACAGCCGGCUACAAGAGCAAGAUCAUUGGGAAAUGGCAUUUGGGCCACCAGCCUCAGUAUCUGCCGCUUCAGCACGGCUUCGACGAGUUCUUCGGCUCGCCCAAUUGCCACUUCGGCCCGUACAACGAUAAAGGAACACCCAACAUACCCGUAUACCGCGACGGGGAGAUGGCCGGCCGAUACUAUGAAGACUUUAUCAUCACACCAACGGGAGAGUCCAAUUUGACCCAGCUCUAUAUUCAGGAAGCCCUAACCUUCAUUGACAAUCAGCACAAAGCCAACACCCCAUUCCUCCUGUACUGGGUACCAGACGCCGUCCACCAACCCCUGUAUGCGUCUAAGGCAUACCUGGGUACCAGUCAGCGGGGUCUGUAUGGCGACGCAGUCCGAGAGCUGGACGACGGGGUGGGCCAAAUUCUGGACAGGGUCACUCAGCUGGGAAUCGCGAAGAACACUUUUGCGUUUUUCACGUCUGACAAUGGGGGCGCCACAUAUGCCCGAGUGCAGGGUGGCAGCAAUGGGCCUUUCCUUUGUGGUAAAGAGACAACCUUUGAAGGGGGCAUGCGGGAACCAGCUAUCGCAUGGUGGCCGGGUACCAUCAAACCAGGCCAGAUUUCCCACCAGCUAGGCAGUAUUAUGGAUCUGUUCACCACGGCUCUCAACAUAGCCGGUAUCAAGCCGCCCUCGGAUCGCAUCAUUGACGGCACAGACCUGCUCCCAAAUCUCAUCAACGGCACCGUCAACAUCAACAAGCCUAUCUUCUAUUACCGUGGCAACGAGAUGAUGGCGAUACGCAUCGGCUUGUAUAAGGCCCACUACUGGACUUGGACAAACUCUAUAAAAGAAUUUGACAAGGGUGUGGAUUUCUGUAGAGGGGAGAAUGUAGUUGGAGUGAUGACCCACGAACAAAUGAACCACACCGACUCGCCACUGCUGUUCCAUCUUGGGCGGGACCCUGGUGAGAAGUACCUGAUUGGAAACACCACUGAGGAAUACAAGGGGGUGAUGCCGGGCAUCAUGGCAGUGGUCAGCGAUCACAAGAAGAAGCUCAUACCAGGCGAGCCGCAGCUCAAUAUGUGUGAUGGGUCAGUGCAGAACUGGGCCCCACCCGGAUGUGAGAAGUUAGGAGAUUGCCUACCCGUUCCCCCAUCUCACCCUCACAAGUGUGUAUGGAACCACUAAACCCAGAAUACUGGGUAAGCUCAUUUAAAGGUAGUGUACAUCAUUUGUCAUUUGUGCCUUGUUUUUGUUUGAAACAACAAAAGUGCUCCUAAUCUCAAGAAGGGUGCUUAACGACUAACCUGAUGAAGUUUUAGCUCAGUGAAUGCUGUAUAUUCCAAGAAAACAAUAUCCUAGGUUCUCAAUAUCAACUCAAAAGUUCUCGAGGCAUGUUUUGAAUCGGCCCCAAAAUCAGCGUCCGAGAUACUUUCUUAAUGGACUGAUUGAGCUAUGCAAUGUCACGUACUUGUGCAGUCUCAUGCAUUUCGUACCAUACUUUCGAUGGGGGCGCUGUUCAAAUCCGACAAUUGUGCACUGGCGUAUAUUAUUGCCAGUAUAAUUGUUUUGGGUGUCAGAGCAGGGGGGGGGGGGGUUGCAUUAUUUUUAUUGAAUUUCUAUGAAAAAAAAUGACAGAGCUGGGGUUGGGGGUUGGGUUUGACCCCCACAACCGCUCUGGAUCCGCGCCUGAUUUCGUCAGUUACUUUUUGGAUAGCUGCAAAUGAUGUACUCUACCUUUAAUGCAUUGGUCCUCCAAGAGUGAUUAUGAUUAGCAAACAAAAGUAUGUGAAAACUUCAGUGAGCCAGUAUUGAAAUGCAAAUUACAACCUUACAAAUUUCCUUGCCAUGCCACACACAGGCGUUAACAAAAGAAGACCACACCUAGAUUUGCAUAAAAUGUACAUAUAUAAGGUAAUUAGGGCAAAGUCAUCAGCAUGCAGUUGGAAAUACUAAAUGAACGUACACUUGGCGUAAAAUAAUCACUCUGACUUGUGACAACUACCCAACAGAUAAAAAUCGUUUGAUUAGUCAUUCGUAAUGAUACUUGAACGGCAAAUUACAAAGUACCAAGGUAACAGGGACGGGAAAGAUGUCCCACUUCGGACCCUUAAUUUAUAGAAUGACCCAUAUCGCUCAUUGCUACUAAGUCUCGUCUGUCUUUUUUCCCUUAGCAAUGAAUUCAAUAAGCAAUCCAUAUUUGCUCACCAGCCUUAUAAUAUUGGGCCCUGAUCUCACUUGAGUUGUCAUAUGUUAACUCUGUCUGUCAUGGUUAUUUCAAGUGGAAAAAUACUUAAUUCUUGUGUACAUGUUUUUGAAAAAAACUGACACUUUCUUGGUUGAGCACAGUGAUUUAUGGAACUAUGAAUGAGAUCAAUCAUAUUUUAUUUACAUACUUUCAUGAUAUAUCAGGUCGAGGCCUGAUUUUAUUUUUACACCUACGUACUUAAGAUUCAGUUUCAUAGACGGAAUAUACCUGUAUAUGUGGGGUUUUUUUAACUUUAAUCUUGUAAAAUUCCUACUUUUGUGUACACUAUUGUGUCCUAGGGAUAAAAUUCUAUUUUUUCAUUGAUACACUUUUUGAAGGAACUUCAUGUAUUUUUGAGCAACUUAUUUCAAAAUGUCAUUUUGCUUUUAAAGCAGGUCACAGUAGUAAAAUGUUUGUAAAAGUGAAAUGCCCUUUGUUGAAUUAUGAAUGAAUAACUUUGUUGUCCACUGGCAAAAAACUGUUUAAAAAAAUCAUAUUGUUUGAACUGAUUGUAAAUGAACAAUGAUUAAAAUCACCAUUUCCCCAAAAAUGUGCCUUAACAUCAUCCCCUUAAUAAUGCCAUGUAUUAAAGCCACACAAUUUUGGAUGUCAUUUUACACUUUGACAGUUUUGAGAGAAUUUAAAUAUUCAUGUAGUAGUCGAAGCAUAACGUUAAGGCAACUCACCAGAAUUUUCAGUCAGUGUGGCAGAGAUUCAAAAUGGCAGCUUAAACGGGUCAUAAGAUUCAUUUUUCUCAGGAACAACUUCUUAGCAAUGUUCUACUCUUCUUAAAUGUAUGAAAUUAUUUGACAUCCCUUUUUUUGAUAAUUCUGUUGAAAAGUGCACUUCGUUUUUCAUGAUUUCCCAGACAAUUGAGGGCGCUAAUGCCUCUAUGAUGUCAUUUCAAAAAGGCACUGUUCAGUUUUAGUGGUUUUCUGUUCAAAUUGUGAAUCCAAACAUUUUGCUCGUUGGAAAAUAUUUGUGACAACAAAUUUGCUCAUUGGCUUACAGCCAUGCACUGACACGACGACGAAUUGCCAAAGAAAAGAAACUUUACAACAGCAAAAUCUCCAAAUCAAGUUUGAAUAUUCAAAUACUAAACUAUUCAAAAGUGCACAGCCCUAGGGAGCACUGUACCAUACAUUGAUUUACAUGACUUGGAGCUUUGCAUAGGGGAUGAGAUCAAUUAUAAAUUAUAACACCAUGUGGAAAGAAAUAUCUUCUUGGAAGAAGUGUGGUUCUGAAAAGAACCAGUUGGUUGAGUGUAGAACUCAAUGUUUCAGACAGUGUGCUCUGUCCGUAUCAGGAGGUUGAGUGAUGAGAUGUGGAAGAUGCUGCAUCCAGUCACGCCCCACUCCACACACACAGCUAUAAAACCUCCAGCAUCUUCCACAUCUCAUCACUCAACCUCCCGAGGACGGUCAGAGCAUACUGUCCAAAACGUCAAGUUCUACACUCAAUCAACCAGUUCUUUUCUUUUCACAUGGUGUUACCCGCAAACUUUAUAAUUCAUACCUUGAUUGUUGCUUACCCAUGGAGGUGAAGGGACUACUGGUGGUACGUAGAUUAUGUAUUUCAAGUACGUUCUGUGUGAGAUGUCAUUUUGUCACAGUGAGUAGGCUGCCCUGCCAGUGUCAUUAAUCUUGGUACUCCAUACAUGGGGUCAUUUUAAUUGGUCUUGGCACUGCUACGAUUUAUGUAUGUUUCUCAGUGCAAUAAAUUCAAAUUGAAAAAUGUCUUCUAUCAUAAGCAUGCAUUAUACAAAUUUUAAAAAAAUCAUUCCUAAAUUGUUUCUUUCCAUUUUUGUUUGUUUGGUUUUUUUCUUUUGUUAGAAACUGGUUGCAGUUUUAAGAAUUCAGUAGUUUUCUUGCAAAUUUUCUUGUAGCUUGCUUUAAGUAAAGAAAAAAAGGACAUCAUUUGUCAAACAUUUGUACAUGUAAGGAGUACUGUAGUGUAUAGCAGAAAAAGAAAGUAAAACUACACCAGCAUUUUCUGUACUUUAUAAAACUUUAAUCAUAAUUGUAAAGAUCUCUUAGUCUUCCAAGUACAAUCCUAAAUAAAAGGUUUGGUGUGAUAAACACACAUGAAGUGGA